CAUCAUUUCUCUGUUUUUGCCUCUCGCACAGACACAUACAUACGCAGAAAACAAAUCAUGAUUCAUCAUUGCUCGGUCACGAAACCCACUUUCUCAGUUACGAUCUCGAAUCAGAAGCAUCAUCAUCAUUCUAGUAGUAAAUUCUUGAAUUUGGGUUUCAGAAUCCGAUGCGAAUCCGGGGAUGUCUCGUCACCGAUGCGGACCAAUGCGGUGUCCUUGUCGUCGGAGAUGGAGGAUUCAUCUUCCUUGAAGAAGACUUUGAUGGAGUCUGAAGGUAAAAAGAGCGAGCCUUACCCAGGAGGAAUGCCGAAGAUGGGUCCAUUCACAGGGAGAGAUCCGAAUGUGAAGAAACCUUCUUGGUUGAGACAAAAGGCACCACAAGGCGAGAGGUUUCAGGAGGUGAAGGAGUCUCUAUCUCGUCUCAAUCUCAACACUGUUUGUGAAGAAGCUCAGUGCCCUAAUAUCGGCGAGUGUUGGAAUGGAGGUGGUGAUGGUGUAGCAACUGCAACCAUCAUGGUUCUUGGUGAUACUUGUACUCGUGGCUGUAGAUUUUGUGCUGUUAAAACCAGUAGAAAUCCUCCUCCUCCUGACCCAAUGGAACCAGAGAACACUGCCAAGGCUAUAGCCAGUUGGGGUGUAGACUACAUAGUUAUCACCAGUGUAGACCGUGACGAUAUACCUGAUGGUGGAAGUGGUCAUUUUGCUCAGACUGUCAAAGCUAUGAAGAGACAUAAGCCGGAUAUAAUGAUAGAAUGCUUAACUUCUGAUUUCCGUGGGGACUUGGAGGCUGUCGACACUCUUGUGCACUCGGGAUUGGAUGUUUUUGCUCACAAUAUCGAGACUGUGAAAAGGCUUCAGCGACUCGUAAGAGAUCCUAGGGCUGGAUAUGAGCAGAGCAUGUCGGUUUUGAAACAUGCAAAGAUCAGCAAACCUGGAAUGAUCACAAAGACAUCCAUAAUGCUUGGUCUUGGAGAAACAGACGAAGAGUUGAAGGAAGCAAUGGCUGAUUUAAGAGCAAUUGAUGUUGACAUUCUAACACUUGGCCAGUAUUUGCAGCCAACUCCAUUGCAUCUGACUGUGAAAGAGUAUGUCACACCUGAGAAGUUUGAUUUCUGGAAAACAUACGGAGAAUCAAUAGGAUUCCGUUAUGUUGCAAGUGGUCCACUGAUGACUACCGGUUACGCUCUGUCACCGGCGAUUAUCGCCGCCGUUCGUCCUCUGGCAUCUCAAGACAGUCUCUCUGCUGCUUCUGGUUACGGACGCAAAGCGAUCAAUUCUUCAUCUUCGUCGAUCUUGGUACCAAUCUCAUUAUCUACUUCCUACGGUCGAAGCAAAUGCGCCUUCUCAAUCUCGCGAAAGAAUCCAAAAUCGACGAUUCGUUGCGAUAUUGCCGUGAAAUCGGCGGCUUCUGUAGACGCGGACGCUGAUCUCUCGUCGUCUACGUCACUGGAGACGGAGGAAGAUGAGAAAGCCAAGGCGAAGAUUGGGGCUAGGGUUAGGGUUACGGCGCCGUUGAAAGUUUACCAUGUGGUUCGUGUGCCGGAGGUUGAAUUGAUGGGAAUGGAAGGUUUUAUAAAAGAUUACGUCGUGCUUUGGAAAGGAAAGCGAAUCUCAGCUAAUCUGCCGUUCAAGGUACAGUUUGUGAAAGAGAUCGAAGGUCGUGGCCCAGUCAAGUUCUUCACGCAUCUUAAGGAAGACGAGUUCGAGUUAAUUGAUCCGUGAUUGAAUCGAGAAAAGGCAAAAGUUUUCUUCUUCUCUUUCUCAUCUUAUUAGACUUGAGAAACAUCUUUUGUGAAUUGGGUUUGUUUGUAAUGUACCUUUUGUAUAACAAUUAGCUUAUUAUAUACAUACCAUUUCACCCAUUCUUCUUCAA